GACGUCACUGGUGACGUCGCGAUGAAAUCACUUCCCGGAAGAGAAAUUGUCUCAACACGGAAGUGACUGAAAGAAAACAAAAAUAGUCGUUUUCGAGAUUGUCAGGGAGGCAACCUUCAAACAUUUGUUUGUCGUCUGAAUUGUGCUGGUUUGACGACCUUGGAACAAGAUGGACUUCCUGUUUGGGAGGAGAAAGAGUCCAGAGGAGAUGCUGAAGCAGAACCAGAGGGCGCUCAAUCGGGCCAUGAGGGAGUUGGACAGAGAGCGAAUGAAGCUGGAGCAGCAGGAGAAGAAGAUCAUCGCCGACAUCAAGAAAAUGGCCAAGCAGGGCCAGAUGGACGCCGUCAAGAUCAUGGCCAAAGAUUUGGUGCGCACAAGACGCUACGUGAAGAAGUUCAUUAUGAUGAAAGCCAACAUUCAGGCCGUCAGCCUGAAGAUUCAGACCCUCAAGUCCAACAACAGCAUGGCCCAAGCGAUGAGGGGUGUUACCAAAGCCAUGGCCACCAUGAACAGACAGCUGAAACUGCCCCAGAUUCAGAAGAUCAUGAUGGAGUUUGAGCGUCAGAGUGAGAUCAUGGACAUGAAGGAGGAGAUGAUGAACGACGCCAUCGACGACGCCAUGGGGGAUGAAGACGACGAGGAGGAGAGCGAUGCCAUUGUCUCCCAAGUCCUGGAUGAGCUGGGUCUCACGCUCACUGAUGAACUUUCAAAUCUGCCAUCUACUGGUGGGAGUCUUUCUGUAGCCGGGGCGAAGAAGGCCGAGCCUCAGGCUGCUCUCGCCGACGCAGACGCCGAUCUGGAGGAACGGCUUAAUAACCUCCGCAAAGACUGAACACGCUCCACGCGACACAAACACAUUCUUUGAGUUCUGUCUAUAUAUUCUCCUGAAGGAACACUGGCUGAGCGGGCAAAGCGGCUGUGAUGGUGUUUGGGUUUCUUGUUUCAUUCAUGUGUGCGUUAUCAACAAUUAUCUUUGACAGGACCGAUAACAUCGAUGCCACAUGACACGGUGUGUCGGUACCAACUCGCGGCACACCAACUACCCGUGUCAACAUUGCAAGGUUUUUUAUAUAUGAGUGAGUCACAACGAUGCCAUGCACUCGCUUCACACGUCCGACUGGUUUGGUUUUGUGUGUGCACGUCAUGAGGAUGGUUACUGGAUUAGUGACAGCUCUCAUGUAGCUGCGUUGUCACUACAUCUGCUGAUUUUCACCCAAAAAAUGUUGGUGGUGUUUACUCUCAAAAGAAUGCUUUUUGUUUUGAUUGAAACAAUAAAGUCUUUUUUUUCCAAAUUCAACAAAA